UUUUUCAUCUUACCCUUCCACACUAUAAAUAAAAAACAUCAAAACAAUCUUGUACAUAUCUUGUAUUGCACCACCCCACAAUAUUCUGAGUCUGAGUUUAACCCCCUACAGUUUCUAUGGACAAAAACAAAAACAAUUCAAACUAUUCUAUAUGCAGGAAAAUCCGUCAAGCACUUACAAGCAAUCCUGCAAUCCAAGCCGUUCAACGCAUCUCAAGCUUCAAUCAAAAACCUGAACCCGUUACAAAACGUCCAAAUUCUCCACCACCCAACACUAAUAUUAGCAUCAAAAACAAACCCCCACCACAUCAUAAGGCUCGCAAAGAAGAAUCAGGUGCAAUCCCCGUCAGUGCAGCAAAAGCUGCUUCAUCAGGAAGACCAAUCACACGUCAACCUCAUCCACAGCAUGUUCCCAUGCAAGGGAAACAACACCAACAUGGUCACGUAGUGGUGCAAGCUGAGCCACAAGGUAAGAAACAAAUGGAUAUAAAUGAACAUUUCAAAGUGUUCAUUGAAAAUACGAGGGAGAAAAUGAUGAGAAGCAUGACAAACAUUGGUUGGGCUCAGAGCAACCACCCUGCGCCUGCACCGGAUCAAGAAGUCCACGGUAGCAACAAAAACGAAAGCCAUUAUUCGGACUUUAUUCAGCGUGUUAGGAAGAAGCUCAGGGCUACAACAGCUGUUCGAAAGUCUGGUUCCUUGAAGGAAAAUUAAGGCUUGGAAUAGAUUAUAUAUAUUCAACUCACAAAGAAGGUUGAUUAAUUACUAAUUAGUAUUAUUUGCUGGUGUGGUGUUGGUAAAGUAUAUAUUGUGCAUCUAAUUCUAAUCUUUGGUUGCUGUUGAGUGGGGAUAAAAAUAAGGCCAUUCCUUACCAGGGUAUGCAAGCAUCAUAUUUCUUUACUGUUUGUAGUGUAUACCAGAAAAAUUGCUCUUACUAUUUGUCCAUUUUUCUUUUAUUUUA